AUGGGGUUUGGUCAGUCGAAGAAAAAGGAGAGUCUUGAAAGUGUGCAACUAGACAGAGGAAGCAGAUCGGAAAGGGGGUCCAUACAUAGCUCCAAUUUAUCGGACGAUUCUGAGUGGUUUGUAUCACCACCUACUUCACUCGUCAACGGCUUCACUAACUUCUUUGAGUUCCCAAAGAGGAGUCGUGCAAUCGCCAAGCCCACGGUAGACUACAACCAAGCUCAUCAAGAGAAUGUGAAACAGUGUCUCUGUCACACAAAGACGGUACCACGUCCGAGCAACGGUAAACUUGAAAGCAAAGCAACUAUAACUGUGCAAGAAGAAACUGCCAAGCAUUCUUCAAAUGGUGAAUCAUCAACCCACUUUCCGAAAGAGUUGAAAAAUCAAGGCAUCAAAGAUGUUAAGAAAACCAACCAGUUCAGCAACCACCAAGGGGAGCCUCAACCAAGGCAGAACGGUGGGAAUUUUAGUGAUUCAGGCACCCCAAGGUUUGGCAAGAGUGACAAACCACGUUCCGCCACAUUGUCCAUUCUGGAGUUACCUGGCAACCAGAGGCAGUAUUUCAAUGAGAGGCGCCAAGCUGUUCAGGCAAAGUUAAGUAGGCAACCGCAGAAAGGAACGCAACCACAAAAACAGGGGCAGAGUUUGCAGCAGCAACAGCAGCAGCCUAAACAUCUACAAACAAUACCGCAGCAAAGCAUGCAGCAGCAAACUCAACCCAACCAUCAAGAGAAAGUUGGUCAGCACACUCAGCAAGUUCACCAACAGCAAGAGCAGCAACAGCAUCAUAAUGCAGUCUCCACGUCUUAUGACGAGGGAGCUCAACGUCAAACGAUUGACAAGCAAAAACCAUCACAGCAACAGAAAAAACAACAAAAGCAGGAACCAAACCUGCAGCAGUCAAUGCACCAGUUGUCCAAGGCAACUGCUCACCUACAGCAACUAAAGAAGCAAGUAGAACAGAAUGUGAGUGAACAGCAGAAACUGCAACUAAAAACUGGAGCGAAACCCCAACAGCACAUUGACGUGUCAGAUCAACAGCAGCAGCCGCAACAUAACCUAAAACAACAACAAACAAAGCUAUCCCAGUGUUCAACACAGCAAAAUCACCACCAAGACAAGAAGCUGCCAACUGCACUUUUACAGCAGCAAGUUCCGCCUCAGGACAACACGCCCCUGAUUAAAUCACAAGCCCAGCAGAAACAACAGCAGCCGAGUCAGCAGCAGCAGCAGCAGCAGCAGCAGCAGCAACAACAAGAGAAGCUGCAAGAAGAGAAGCCAAAAAAGAAAGGUAAACAUCAGGAAAAACUACCAACAAAACAACCAGUUGAUCAACAGCGAGUAGAUGACAACCUUUCCAAGAAAACCAAGAAACUGACGAAAAAAGAGCAGCGCGCUCUUGACUUGAAACAUAAACAAUGUGGUGAUCUGCACCAACCAAACGAGAAGCAGUUACAACAACAGAGCCAGGAGCUGAAUCACUCGGCACUCCCAGAGCAGAAUGCACGACAGGGCAAAGAGGAACCCAAUCAGCAGCCAACAAGUAUCAACGUCCAGGAGACAGCUAAACCUCUGCCACAUCAGCGAACAAACCAACCACAUGACACUCAGGAGCAAGAACAGCAUCCCCAAAAAGUUGCCGUAACUGUCAGAUUGACAUACGAAGCAGACAACACGCCGGCCAAACAUGUGAAGCAACAUGUAGUCGAGGAUACACUAAAAGGAAAACCCAUACCAUUGAUGGCUAUCACCUUUCCAAAACAUGGAGCAAACUUCACUCUUCGGCCUUCAAAGCUGAAGGCUACAUUGGAAAGCAAGAAACAAGUUAACCCAACAACCUCGGGUGCCUCAAAAGACCUAGUUGGGGAACCAACACAUCUCUCUGUUGAAACAGUGGACACGUCAGACCACAGCCCUGACAAUGCUUCCACAAAACAAUCUGAAACGUCGAAAAAAAUCACAAAACGCCCGCUGACGCCAUUUUUCCCACGGAAGAAGAAAUCCCAAGAAAAUUUUCCUACCAGCUCUACCGAUGAUUCACAAGAACAUGAUCUAAAACAGAAUGGCAAUGAGGAGAAGCAGCACCAGCCCGAAAUCCAAAAGCAACACUACAAGGAAAACGAACAACAGCAAAAUCAACAAGGUCAGACACAACGACAGCUGCAGAAUCAACCAGAACAUCAACAACAACUACCAUCUCAGCAGCGGGGAAAACAAGAAGGGCCACAAAUCAUAACUCCGUUCGUUUUUCAAGGCAGCAAGGAACGUCCCAAGCUGAAGCCUGUUCACAGACUUCCCGACAAGUGCUCUUCUGAGCUCUCUACCAGCACAGCAGCGGUGCUUCAAGCUCAAUUUACACGGAACCAGCCGUCCAAGUCCCCCAAAACGGCCAGGAAGCAGAAGCCAAUUCAAGGUGACGCGAAGAUGGAAAAGUUUAAACUGAUUCAGAAGAAUGACUCCCCGGCUUCGACGACGACGACGGAGAAGUUGGACUGUUGUGCCAUGAAUUUGAAUGACCCAUCGGUGACCGUGACACACUGUGUUGCUCCCUGGGCCAUCGUCUGUAACAAAAUGCCUGACCAGACGAUUUCCUCAGAUACACCCGUAGUUGGGAAGAAGGUUAAGUGCAAAACGUCUAAAACUGGCAAAACGAGUAAAGUGAGUCAUCGGGAGGGUCAUGGAUUUUUCUCCAAGAUAUUUGGCAAGAAGACCACUACUGAAAAAAAGAAGAAACCCAAACACGUAUGCUCUAAGACAGUAUCAGAAGAAAUGGAGACAAUAACAAAACACAUGGAGGACCUGAGAUUGUCUUCUUCGACUUCAAUUCACAAGGACGACGUCACGGAAGGCAAGACCGACCGUCAGAUUGCAGCAAUGACUCCCUCGCCACUAGAGCAGGAACUCGGUCAAGACUCGGAGAGUUCUACCGAGGAGAGUGACAGCGCUACUGAUCUUGAACCUCCAAGUUGCCUGGAAGCCUGGGAGAUAGCCGAAGACGUCGUCGAGAAGGCCCUGUUCCUCCUCCCAGUUCCAACUGCCGGCAAGUACGUCGUACCGGACAGCCCGUUCGAGCCCGAGUUCGUCAAAAGGCUCGUUGCAGACGCACUGGAGGCAAAGAGGGGACUGAAGAAGGUCAAAGAGGACCUGAAGCUCAUGGAGAAGUUCCGAGAUGCCCUCUUAAAGUUCUUCGAGGACAAGGAGAUCAGUGAUGUCAUCCCACCCUGCAAUCACCCUCCGGGAACGAACCAGUGUAACCUUCAACCCGUCAUUCAACCGCUUGUAGAUAUACUUCGGCAAGUUCUUCAAGAACCUAAAGUUGCUAAUGACCAGGCUAAGAAGGGACCCGAGACUCAGCAGAUAGAGACCAAACGAGAGGCAGAGACACAACAGCCACGUCCGAGGAGGUACAUCAAGAUCAGAAGGAAGUUGAAAACAGGACAGGUUCGUGAUAAAAAAGAGAGCAUUUUCUCAGCACCCACUCAGCUACUGAUUCGCUUCUGCCAGGCCUGCGGGGAUACCAAGCAGCCAGACGGUAGGAAGCUGAUGAGCUGUGGCCGCUGCAAGGACGUGGUGUACUGCAGCAAGGAGUGCCAAGGUGUCGACUGGAUCACCCACAAAUUCACCUGCAGAGGGGGCGACAGGAGAGGGUUCUGCAAGCACCACGGAAUGUAG